CCGGCGGAACUGCGGCAGCUUCCGGCCUUCCAGGCGCAGUGGAGGCUGAGGCUCUCCGACACGGUCGCGCGUGCGGUGGGGGCGUGUCGGUGGGAAGUCGCGGGGCCGGAGCUCGCGGAGCCGGCCUGUGCGAGCACGGUGAGGAGGGGCGAGCGGCGGUGGAGGGCGAUCCGAGCCGACGAGGUGGGGCGCCAUCCCUUCCCUCCUCGGCUUCCGCCGGGCCUGGAAGCGAAAACCCCGCCUUCACCCCGUACAGCCCUGCUCUGCCCGACUCCCCGGGAUUUAUCCCUCUCCGAGGUAGCCAUGGAUGCUUCGACUGCUUUGCCUCCCGCAUCCCCUUCUCCGAGGUGCAACCCAGCCCCACAGACAAUCCACAUUGAAUUCCCUCAUCAUAGCUCUUCGCUGCUGGAAUCCCUGAACCGCCACAGGCUGGAGGGAAAGUUCUGUGAUGUGUCCCUCCUGGUUCAGGGCAGGGAACUUAGGGCUCACAAAGCAGUGUUGGCUGCUGCCUCUCCUUACUUCCAUGACAAGCUGCUUUUGGGGGAUGCGCCCCGACUGACUUUACCGAAUGUCAUCGAGGCAGAUGCGUUCGAGGGACUGCUUCAGCUCAUUUAUUCAGGAAGCCUCCACCUGCCACUGGAUGCUCUCCCUGCCCAUCUCCUUGUAGCCAGUGGCCUUCAGAUGUGGCAAGUGGUAGAUCGGUGCUCAGAGAUUCUUCGAGAACUAGAAACGUCUGGUGGAGUUUCAGGUGGUGGAGGAGCUUCCAACCUCACACUUCUUUCUACAACAUCUUCAGGAGGCUGGUGCAUUCGCUCUUCCCCUUUCCAGAACCCAGUACAGUCCUCUGCUUCUACAGAGAAUUCUGUUUCCCCUGAGAGCCCCACUGGAGGGGAGGGGAGUGAACUAGAAGGAAUGUUACAGAUUCAGGUGAAAGUCGAGGAGGAAGAGGAGCAGGGGUCAACAACCCCACUCUUUCAGACUCCUCAGCCCGAGAGAGUGUCGGCAGGGGUUUCCCAAGCGUCCGGAUCCCACCCACUGCCUACACCUGCUCUUCCCAGCAAGCCUUCAGAGGAUGAGAACUCAACACUGGAUCCUCCUGCCCCUCCUGUCCAAGCUUCCCAAAUCUUAUAUGUUAACCAGGAAAACAUUGAGUGUAAGAAGGAGAUAUCAGGAGGCAAGACUCUGUCUGGAGGAGCAAAAGAAAAGACCAAAGUACUAUCUGGAGAGGACUCGGAGGAGAAAGGGGAGCUAAGAUAUUUGCUGUCCUCAGGAGGGGGGGAAACGUCUGGGGCAGGAGAUACAUCCUGGAAACCAGUGGAUCUUCAUGGGAAUGAGAUCCUGUCAGGGGGUGGAGGACCUGGGGGAACGGGGCAGGCUAUGCAUGGGCCUGUGAAGCUAGGAGGGACGCCCCCUGCAGACGGAAAGUGCUUCGCUUGCCUGUGUGGAAAACGGUUUGCAGUAAAGCCCAAACGAGACCGGCACAUCAUGCUGACCUUCAGCCUCCGCCCUUUUGGGUGUGGCAUCUGUAACAAACGUUUCAAACUGAAGCAUCACCUGACAGAGCACAUGAAGACACACGCUAGAGCUCUGCAUGCCUGUCCCCAUUGCGGCCGUCGGUUCCGUGUCCAGGCCUUCUACCUUCGCCACCGGGACUUAUGCAAGGGCCAGGGCUGGCCCACUUACCACUGGACUUACAAAUGACUACUGGUGCUCUAUAGUGGUUUCUAGGACAAGAUAGCCACUGCUGCUGAUGGACUCUUACCUUUCACUGCCUCAGUCCAUUCCAAGAGAUUAUACGUGUUGUUAUGAACCCCUUACUCUUGGGUAUGGCUUUCACCUUGGUAGUCCAGGUUAGAACAGACUGUAGCAAGUCGUGCUUCUGGUCACUUAGCCUAAAUGGCCCUUUUUGUACUGAUAGCCAGUGAAGGAACUGUUGACCUCAGAUUAUGUGAGUGAGAGAAGAGUUGGAGCAAAAUGACCCCAUAACUCUUACCUCAUCUUCAUGGGGUGGUGAGGGAGCUGAUCUCCAACUAAGAGUACAUUUGAUUCAGAGCUCAAGCAAUUGCCAGACUAAGGUCUGAGUGGCAGCCUCUUCCUCGCUGUCAGCAGUAUUCUGUUUCUGUACUUUCUGACAUUUCUUUCCAGACACAUUUUAGGUUCUCACCAGUAGACAUCCUUCCCGAAUAUCCUUUUGAAAAUACUUUAGUGAGGCUGGAAAGAUGGCUCAGCAGUUAAGAGCACUCUCUGCUCUUCUAAAGGUCCUGAGUUCAAUCCCCAGCAACCAUACAGUAGCUCACAACCCUCUGUGAUGGGAUCUGAUGCCCUCCUCUGGCCUGCAGGCAUACAUUCAGACAGCAUUCAUACAUUAAAAGAAAGAAAUGUACUUGAGCAUGCAACAAGUGUGGUGUACACAUUGAAUCACAGUGCAUAGGAGGCAGAGGCAGAUGGAUCUCUUCAAGUUCAAGGCUAGCCAGGGCUACAUACAGUGAGACCCUUAUUUUUAGGGGGGAAAAAUAGUACUUGAGCACUUUAGCAAACUGAGCAUUUCAUAUGCUAUACUGAAAGUCUAUAAUAGAGGGUAUUCCCUCAGUGGCCUUCACCUUGUCCACCUUUCACUACCACUGAUAACUUGCUUAUCACAAUGACAGAUGUGACCCACGAACUCAGGAGAUGGCAGCUGACCAACAAUGCUCUUGGGGUGGCAUUUGCUUUCCAAACAAAUUGCCCUGCUUCGAGGAACUCAGGGUUGAAACCACACAUGGUGAAAUCUUCAGCAGAGCUGCAUUGGGACCAUACUGCUUUCUUUCCCAUCUCACCCACACUUGGUAGAAACAACUUUUGUAGCGGUAAAGGGGUAGACAAUAGAAUGGAGGUGAAGGGAAAUUUAAGGUUAUUAAUAAACUGCCCUGAAAUCUAAA